AUGAACAAGUGCCACUCGGCGUCGACACAGGUGCGCACGUCGCAUCUGUCGUGCAGUCGUUGCGGCGUGGAGCGCACCGGUCGGUCGCCGCGGAACCAAAUGCAUCGACCGCUUCACUGGUCGUCGUUACCGUUCGAUCUCUGGGCACAAAAGGUACUGCCAUUUCUGACAUGGCGAGACACGAGGGCGCUGGGCCGCGUGUGUUCCGAGUGGCGCAACGUGGCGACGGCCGCCGAGACAAUGUCGUCCGAAUGGCGCACGACGGUACUCGGCCCCGCUGCGACCGUUUCGAAAACUCUCGACCUCGUGCGGUCGAAUGCCUCCCACUGGGUCGACACUCGAUUUGUACCCAACUUGAUACUACUCGUAGCAGCCAGUGACGAUGUCACGCCCUGGCGUCGUGGCCAGUUUUGGCACGACGUUGUAGCCAUAAUGGAACAAGCGAAAUGGGUACCUCCACGUUGCCACUUCAUUGGCAUCUUGACGAGGAAUGCAGUUGUUACAGGAGUGGAAAAAGUGACUGAUAAUGUGGCUGGAGACAGUGUUUACGGACCACCCGGUGGCGUGACCUUGUCAAUUACAGUAGCCCACUUGUCCGACACGACGCUGGAGAUGGCUACAUUUGACCGAAAGAUGCUGAGACGGGCCUCACGAACGCACUCGUUUGUGAACCCAUUUCCUGCCGCCGCUUACGACAAGAAGAUCAACAACGCCGACACUGACUCUGUCCAGCCAUCGUUUCUAUUGUUUGGCAGCAACGAUCAGAGUGCGAGCCAGUUGACUGCAGCAGUGGGCAAUUGGUAUCCAGGAGCUACAGUCGUUGGAGCGGUGUCCUCAUCACUUACUGACCAGUGCAUUCCGCUUGCAACGUACUCUACUGCACAGGCAAUUGGUACUGCACGUGGAAGCCGAAAUCGCAACAAAGUUCGGGCACCGCAGCAGAGAUCGUCUCGUUUGCAGAGCUCAGUCGCUUUUCCUUCGACACUACUGCUUCGGCUGUACGGCCACGUCGGCAUCCGGUCGUUUGCAUCCAGUGGCUAUUAUCCGAUCACGCCCGUAAUGCAAUGUCUGCAGUCGAGCAUAGCCGAUGAGCUGAGCCAAGUCGUGACGCACGACGUUGUUGCGCUACUGGACCAUGAGAAUGGGGGAAAAAGCCGGCAGCUUCGCGUCGUGGACGUCAUUGCGCCGUCUGAGAGACGGAUGAUUGAAGAAGAGGGCAGACGCGUCAAUAUGUAUUCGUGCCAAGACCGUGCACCGCUGGAACACGUGCUCGCCUGUUGCGGUGUAUCUGAAAGCGAGCUGUCAGCGGUCUCAAACUUGGCGCAAAUCGAUCGCUUGGAAGUCGUGUUUUGGUGGCAAGGCAGCUUGAUGUCGCUGUCAGAAAUUGGCUGGCAGAGAAAUGCGUACGGCAUUCUUGCCUCGCAUCAACCGAAAAGAACAUCUCGGGCGCUAGUUGAGGCACUUUGCCGGACAGAAGCCCGAUUGGUCUUGGCUAGUGAGCGUGCAUUCGGUGCGUUUAUAGUUGCUGGAGCUCUGAAUGAAGUCGAGGACGUUGUCCAUGCAAAGAGUAUUGGCGACGUUUGCUCUGACGUCUUGCCGAUGUGUCAGCUUAGUGGAUGUGUUGUGAGCACUAGCGUUGGUCCUGUAGCAUAUCCUGGAGGUGGUCAAUUGACGAACGUUGCGCAAGUCCAGACACAUACGACGUGCGGAGCAGUUUUCUACACGAAGGUAUAA